AUGUGGCCACAGGUAAUGGAACAAGACAACACAACCUCUCUCGAAGGCUUCAUUCUCGUGGGCUUCUCUGACCGCCCUCAUCUAGAGCUCGUCCUCUUUGUGGUUGUCCUCACUUUCUAUCUGCUGACUCUUCUUGGUAACAUGACCAUCAUCUUGGUUUCCAUCUUGGAUUCCCGCCUACACACACCAAUGUAUUUCUUUUUGGCUAAUCUCUCAUUCCUGGACAUGUGCUUUACCACAGGCUCCAUUCCACAGAUGCUCUACAACCUUUGGGGUCCAGAUAAGACCAUCAGCUAUCUGGGUUGCGCCAUCCAGCUCUACUUUGUUCUAGCCCUGGGAGGGGUAGAGUGUGUUCUGUUGGCUGUCAUGGCCUAUGAUCGCUAUGCUGCAGUCUGCAAACCCCUGCACUAUACUGUCAUCAUGCACCCACGUCUCUGUGGACAGCUAGCUUCAGUAGCAUGGUUAAGUGGCUUUGGCAAUUCUCUCAUCAUGGCUCCCCAGACACUGAUGCUGCCCCGCUGCGGGCACAGGAGGGUGGAACACUUUCUCUGUGAGAUGCCAGCACUAAUUGGCAUGGCCUGUGUAGAUACCAUGACCCUUGAAGCACUGGCUUUUGCCUUGGCAAUCUUUAUCAUCCUGGCACCACUCAUUCUCAUCCUCAUCUCUUAUGGUUACAUCGCACGAGCCGUGCUCAGGAUCAAGUCAGCAGCUGGACGGAAGAAAGCCUUCAACACCUGUAGCUCCCACCUAAUUGUGGUCUCUCUCUUUUAUGGUACGAUCAUAUAUAUGUACCUCCAGCCAGCGAACACUUAUUCUCAGGAUCAGGGCAAGUUUCUUACUCUCUUCUAUACAAUUGUGACUCCCAGUGUUAACCCAUUGAUCUACACAUUGAGAAACAAAGAUGUUAAAGAGGCCAUGAAGAAGGUAUUAGGGAAAGCAAGUGCAGAAGUAUAG